AUGCAUCGCGAGCUCAAAGAAUUCUCCCACCCCCAUGGCUCCACGGGCAUCUACGAGGAAAACCUCCAGGUAGAUGUCCUCAUCGUGGGCGCCGGGUUCAGCGGCAUCUACAUGCUGCACGAGCUGCGCAAACAGGGCCUUAAAACCGUCGUCUACGAGGCAGGCUCCGACCUGGGCGGCACGUGGCGGUUCAACUGCUACCCCGGAGCACGAGUCGACUCGCAGGUGCCCCUAUACCAAUUCUCCAUCCCCGAGACCUACAAGGACUGGACCUGGACCACCAACUACCCCGACUACCAAGAGCUGCGGGCCUACUUCGACCACGUCGACAAGGUCCUCGACAUCAAGAAGGACGUCGCCUUCGGCAGCGUCGUCGUCGACGCCCAGUUCGACACCAGCCAGAGCCGCUGGGUCGUCAAGACCCAAGACGGCCGCACCGCGUACGCCAAGUAUUUCAUCGCCGCGGCGGGCGUCUCGUCCAAGCGCUACAUCCCGGAGUGGGAGGGGAUCGAGAACUUCAAGGGCCCCAUCCACCACACCUCCUUCUGGCCGGAGCACGAGGUCGACGUGCGCGGCAAGCGCGCCGCCAUCAUCGGUACGGGCGCCUCGGGCGUGCAGGUCACGCAGGCGUGGGGCCCGCAAGCCGGCCACCUGAAGGUCUUCCUGCGGUCGCCCAACUACUCCAUCCCGAUGCGCCGCAAGGAGCUCACCGCGGACGAGCAGAACCAGCUCAAGCCCAUCUACCCGCAGCUGUUCGACCUGCGCGAGAAGACCUUCACGGGCGCGCUGGUGGACUUCAGCGAGCGCAGCGCCCUCGAGGACUCCGAGGCUGAGCGCGAGGCCUUCUACGAGCAGCGCUACCAAGCCGGCGGCUUCGACUUCUCCACCGCCAACUACAAGGACACGAUGCUCAACCCGGUCGCCAACCGCUACCUGUACGAUUUCUGGGCCAAGAAGACGCGGGCGCGCCUGAACGACGAGCGCGUCCGAGACCUGCUGGCGCCCGUCGAGCCGCCCUACUUCUUCGGCGGCAAGCGCUCCUCGCUGGAGACGGACUUCUACGAGCAGUUCAACCGCGACACGGUCGAGCUGGUCGACGCCAAGAGCAACCCGAUCGUCGGCUUCACCGAGACCGGCAUCCGGAUGCAGGACGGCACCGUGCACGAGGUCGACGUCGUGUGUCUGGCGACCGGGUUCGACACCACCACCGGCAGCAUGAUCAACCUGGGCGUCCGCAGCAUCCACGGCACCACGCUGCAGGAGGACUGGUCGCAGGCCGCCGAGACCUACCUGGGGCUGACGGUGGCCGGCUACCCCAACCUGUUCCACCUGUACGGCACCCACGCGCCCACCCUGUUCAGCCAGGCCGUGACCACCAUCGAGGUGCAGGGCCGCUGGAUCGCCGACGCCAUCAAGCAGAUGGAGCGCCAGGCCAUCCGCUCCAUCAACCCCUCGCGCGAGGCCGCCCACGCCUGGAAGCUGCAGAUCCGCGCCUUCCAGAACGCCAGCUUCUUCCCCACCGUCCACUCCACCUACAUGGGCGGCUCCAUCCCCGGCAAGCCUUUCGAGUUGGUGUCCUACCCGGCCGGAAUGCCCAUGUACGCGCGGCAGAUCCGCGACGCGCUGCCCGCGUUCCCGGGGUUCGAGGUCGUGAAGGCCGACGGGGAGAAGCGGUUGUUUGGGAUGCCGCCUUCGUCGGCCAAGGAAGAUCUUGCGAAGCAGGAUAGCUAGGUGGUUUUGUUACUGUAGUUCACUAAUGAUUAUGUUUUUUGUUGUG